UGCAGUUCUAUCCCUUUCCCCCUUACAUACUCAUUUUUACACAUCUAUCCAUUACCCCAUAUAUACUCGUUUUAACACAUCUAUCCAUUACCCCAUAUAUACUCGUUUUAACACACUUAAAUACACUGACAGUUUAAAUGCAAAAUACCAAUAAAAUCGGUGCACGACAAUUUGUUAAAAGACAUUUGGUCGAAUACGACAGUUUGCCGAUUAUGACAUUAUGCCUACUGCGACAGUUCGUCGAAGCCUGUAAUGCGUCAAAUGGUCGAAAUAAAAAUUAAAUAAUUAGACACUUGGUCGAAUGAUGAUAAUGGCAAAGAUUCGACUAAUUGUCGCACGCAGAUACAAUUAUCUACUUACUUUCAAUUCUGUUGUGAAGGAACAUGUUAUUUUGGGGUCUACUUGAUUGUUUGAUUACAAUGAGAAGAACUGAUUCUCGUCAAAUACGCAUACCUCAUGACCUUAGGGCCGGAUACAGCCAAUUUGGUAGUGCAACAGUCGGUUGCAUGGAUUAGAGAUGCUGCGGAAUCUUCACAUGAAGCAGCAUCUAAAAUUCUAAAUAAGGAGCUUGCGACAUCUUUUCCUGCAGAGUAUCACGGAUAUUGGCCAAAAAGUCUAGCAUCAAACGGACAAUUCAACCUCAGCGCCGAAAAGUGCUCCCGGAAAUACCUCUCUCCUUGAGUGAAAUCAGCCUUCCCGAAAUUUGGCAGAAAAAUAGCACUGGUGAGCAAUGGUUACUAUGUGAUCACCAGCUAGAAGGUAAUGAACGCCUUCUUAUAUUUUGUACUGAUAUGCACUUGAGGCACCUGUGUCGCAGCCCGGUAUGGUUCGGUGACGGUACUUUCAGUGUUGCUCCCCAGCAUUUCUAUCAACUCUAUACUUUACAUGGAAUUGUCAAGGGGCAGCUACUACCACUUGCAUUCUGUAUCCUUACAAGGAAAACCCGCAUCAUGUACCGUGAAAUGUUUUCAUCGAUUUGUGAGCAAGCCGAGAAGAGAGAUAUUCUGGUGUCCGAAUCUCAGUUUAGGGUGGACUUUGAAGAUCCGUGUAUUAAGGCAUUCCAAGAUGUUUAUCCAGAGGCGAAUGUUGAAUGCUGUUUCUUUCACUUGACACAGGCCCACUGGCGCAAGAUUGGUGAUCUUGGAUUAAGAAUGAGAUAUGUUGAGGAUGAGAACUUUGCUAUUAGUUUGAGAAUGUUUACAGCCCUAGCAUUUGUGCCUCAAGAUGCUGUGUUUGCUGUUUUUGCAGAACUUUGCGAGGCUAUCCCUGAGGCGGCAUGAAUAGUUUUUGAUAAUAUAAAUCAAGUUCAGCUGAUUAAAUAAAGUUGUGUACAGGUUUAUUUUUUGUUGUUUAAAAAAAUUCCAGCCAAUUUUAGACGAGUUUUCUACCAAUUUUCGACCAGCUUGGUCGAAAAAUACAGUAGACCAACUGUCGUAUUCAGCUAAAUAUCC